UAUUAGAACUGUAACGUGACUCAAAAUGGCGAAGGAAUACAAGCGCUAAUUCACGAAAGGAGGUCCCUGCAGCAAUCCGUGAAUUAGUUAGUUAUAUAUCGAGAGAUGGAUAAUCAUAGAGAAGAAUUAGCUUUGCGGAAAAAUUAUUGUUGCAAAUCUCAACAUUGACGGUUUUUAUUCGUAUAAGUUCCUGUUUAACUCAGAAAGGAGAGGGCAACUUCAUACAGCUGCAGUGAAACAUCCAGGCAGCAGUUGUUGUAUGCACAAUGUCUCCCAUCUCAGCCAUGGAAACCUGUAGCUCCUGUGAUGUGAUUGGCCUCUUUAGUGGUGUUCCAUCAGUAGUGCCCUUCAUGCAUGAACACUAAGUUUUUGACGAUGGCCUUCCCUGCUCUAGGUAGAUUUUUUUUUUUGUGAGUACAUGUGAGAGGUGAUAUUCACAGACCUGUGUACUCUGUUAGCCAUGGCGGAGGAACGUCGGCAGAAGCAGUGUUCAGUCGUCCUGCCCACAGAGUCCAUGAAGGCCAUGGCAGAGUCUGUGGGAGUGGGGCAGUUACAGGAGGAAAGCUGCGUAGCCCUAAGUGAAGAAGUCAGCUACAGAAUAAAAGAAAUUGCACAGGAUGCUCUCAAAUUCAUGCAUCAUGGGAAGAGACGUAAAUUAACCACCAGUGACAUAGAUAAUGCUCUCAAACUAAAAAAUGUGGAGCCACUGUAUGGGUUCCAAUCGCAAGAGUUUAUCCCAUUUCGCUUUGCAAGUGGUGGUGGAAGAGAGCUUCAUUUCUAUGAGGAAAAGGAAGUUGACCUCAGUGACAUUAUCAAUACACCGCUCCCCAGAGUUCCACUAGAUGUGUCUCUCAAAGCCCACUGGUUAAGUAUUGAGGGGGUGCAGCCGGCUAUUCCAGAAAAUCCACCACCAGCACCAAAAGAGCAACAAAAGGUUGAAUCUACAGAGCCCCUCAAAGUUGCCAAACCUGGUCAGGAGGAGGAAGGUACGAUUCAAGGCAAGGGUCAGGGGGCAACAGCUGCUGAUGGCAAAGGCAAGGAUAAGGGUCUAAUAAGGUUGAAGCCACGCAGCACUCAUGAGUUGUCUGUGGAACAGCAGCUCUACUACAAGGAAAUCACAGAAGCGUGUGUUGGCUCCUGUGAAGCUAAGAGAGCUGAAGCUUUACAGAGUAUUGCUACAGAUCCUGGACUGUAUCAGAUGCUUCCAAGAUUCAGCACAUUUAUUUCUGAAGGAGUUCGUGUAAAUGUGGUGCAAAACAACUUGGCUCUACUGAUUUAUUUAAUGCGGAUGGUCAAAGCUCUAAUGGACAACCCCACCCUGUAUUUGGAGAAAUACCUGCAUGAGCUCAUCCCAGCUGUGGUGACAUGUAUUGUGAGUAAGCAGCUAUGUUUGCGACCAGAUGUUGACAACCACUGGGCUUUACGAGACUUUGCUGCUCGCCUCAUGGCCCAAAGUUGUAAAACGUUCAGUACUACAACCAACAACAUCCAGUCUCGUAUUACCAAGACUUUUACUAAGAGUUGGUUGGAUGACAAAACCCAGUGGACGACUCGUUACGGCUGCAUCGCUGGACUUGCUGAACUAGGACCUGAUGUGAUUAAGACGUUGAUCCUUCCUCGGCUUUCUGUAGAGGGUGCUCGCAUCAAAGCAGUGAUGGAAGGACCAGUGGUCUCCAAUAUUGAUAAGAUAGGAGCUGACCAUGUUCAAAGCCUCUUACUGAAACACUGUGCAAGUGUUAUUGCCAAGAUACGACCUCAGCCUGACAACGUGGAGCAGUAUCGGACAGACUAUGGUUACCUCGGACCCAUGCUUUGCUCCCAUGUAAUGAAGGCCAGGACUCAAGCAGCACUGCAAGCUCAACAAGUCAACAGAACCACAUUAACAAUCACCCAGCCUCGUCCAACCCUUACAGUCUCACAAAGUGGGUUAAGUGGGUCGGCAGGACCUCGCACUCCCAGCAUCAUUAAAGUUCCAAGCUCCCUCACCCUGAUGUCCCCUCGACCAGGGACCCCAUCACAGCCAUCUCCCCCGGCAACAAAGUACAUCGUCAUGACAACCAGUGCAGGAGCUGCCUCCACUCAGCAGGUAAUCACCCUCAGCUCUUCCCAGUCCGCCUCAUCAGUCACUAGCACUGUUCCCAGCGCCACUUCGACCUUGCAGCCUUUGGUAAAACUGGAGUCUGGCAGUGGCCCUGGACUGACAAGUUCACGACCUAUGCAGAAGUACAUAGUGGUAUCUCUGCCCUCGUCUGCCUCUUCCUCUUUGGAGACUAAGAGCUCUGUGCUAACAACCUCAAUUUCCUCAACCCCACUAGAAGCAGGGAUGAAGCUAGACCGGUCUGAGUCUCCUGGAGCGAGCACACAGUCGCCACACUAAGACUUGUAUAGGUAGUGGAGAUUUUUACCAUGUUGGUGCAGCUGAACACACAAGGAGGUUUGUUUGGGCUGAACUUAAAGGGGUAAACUCUGGAGUGGUAUGAAGGGGAAUAUCUGAACUCUUGACUGACAAAGAGCAAAUGUGACCAGACAUAAAUAUGUUAAUUCCCUAUGAAAAUGGAGGUCCAUCUGUGAGAUCUGUAAUGUUUCAGCUGAUAUUCUAAUUGAUUUCAUGUGCUUUUUUUUUUUUUUUUUUACUCUAAAAUAAAUCAGAUUUUGUAUGAAA